ACCUCCAUUAACGGAUCAAGCCACUGCCAAGCAAAAACCAGAAGAAAAUAGAACAAAGAUGUGUACACUCCAGGUCACGGUCCAGAUGCAAUCCGAUAUCCGGUCCGCUCUUCAUAUGGCUUUCUCUAGCUUCGGCUCUCUCAAUCCAUUCCGUAGGUCUGCUCUCGUUCUCCCACCUCUCCGUUUUUAUUCCGCCGCCUCGUUCUCUCCGCCAUCAAGAGCUUUCUCUACCGCCGCUAGAGUCCACGACAAGCCUUCCAUUUGUACAGCCGACGAGCUCCACUAUGUCUCCGCUCCCAAUUCUGAUUGGCGCCUUGCACUCUGGCGAUAUCACCCUCCUCCUCAGGCGCCCCCGAGAAAUCAUCCGCUGUUAUUGUUAUCUGGAGUGGGGACUAAUGCAAUUGGAUACGAUCUUUCUCCCGAGUCUUCAUUUGCGAGAUACAUGUCUGGCCAAGGAUUCGAGACAUGGAUUCUUGAAGUUCGCGGUGCAGGACUCAGUGUGCAGGGAUCAAAUCUUAAGGAAAUUAAGGAAAAUGCUGAUGCAGUGUCUGAGCAGAUGGGAGCUGUUGCUGAGAGUGUUACAAAUGGAGUUUCUCCUAUGCAGCAGCAGAAUAAUGUUCCUGGUUCAUUUUCAGAUUCAGAUUCUGAGAGUUCUCUUCUUGGAGAAGAUUCGGUAGGGGUCACAACAGCAUGGGAUGAAUCAAAAUUGGCCUCAAAUUUGUCAGAAAUUUUGAUGCGUUUGUCUGAGAGACUUUCUGGCUUUCUCAGUGAUGGCCAAUCGGGGCUCAUCUCUGCUAAAUUGUUUGAUCAAAUAUCUAAACUUUUACAAGAUUCUCAGCUAUCUGAGCGCUUCGAGGAGGUAAGGGCAAAACUUUCCAACUUAUUGGAAAAACAACAGAACUCUGGCGUUGCUAGCCAAAUUAGAGAUCUGAGUCAAAGACUUGUAAAUAUUAUUGAAGAAGGUCAACGAUCUGUUUCACCUCAGUUUAUUGAUAUGCAAGAACGGCUUUCAUCAACAAUAGAAGAUUUUCAGAAACAACUUGACUUGAUUGUGACGUAUGAUUGGGAUUUUGAUCACUAUCUGGAGGAGGAUGUUCCUACAGCGAUGGAAUACAUAAAAGCACAGACAAAGCCGAAGGAUGGAAAAUUGCUUGCAGUUGGUCAUUCAAUGGGAGGCAUAUUGCUUUAUGCUAUGCUGUCACGGCAUGGCUUUGAAGGAAGGGUACCUGAACUGAAGGCUAUUGUAACAUUGGCAUCAUCACUUGAUUACACGUCUUCGAAUUCGGCACUCAAAUUACUCUUACCUCUCGCAGAUCCUGCACAAGCUCUUAAUGUACCUGUUGUACCAUUAGGAACGCUUUUGGCAGCUGCCUAUCCUCUAUCAUCUCGGCCUCCUUAUGCCUUGGGUUGGCUAAAUAAUCUAAUAUCAGCAGAGGACAUGAUGCAUCCGGAGUUGCUCAAAAAGCUUGUUUUAAACAACUUCUGUACUAUACCAGCUAAAGUUCUUCUGCAGCUCACGUCGGCUUUUCGAGAACAGGGGUUGUGUGAUAGGAAUGGUAAAUUUUUCUUCAAGGAUCAUAUACAUAAAACCAAUGUACCUGUCCUGGCUAUUGCUGGAGAUCGAGAUCUAAUUUGCCCACCAGAAGCAGUAAAAGAAACUGUGAAGCUUCUUCCUCGGGACUUGGUUACGUACAAAAUAUUCGGAGAACAUCAAGGUCCGCAUUAUGCACAUUAUGAUCUGGUGGGAGGACGACUGGCUGUGGAGCAAGUUUACCCAUGUAUAGUCCAGUUUCUCAGUCAAUACGAUGACUGAACAUGACGGAAGUUGUGCCGAGAAACAUCGCUGCAAAAUAUUUGGUAAAAGCAGCUGGUGUUCACUUUCCAUAGCAACGAUGUGUACCAUUUUGUCAGGUCGCCAUGCCCGACUCAGUUAGUCCGACGGUUCAGCUUCUUGGUAACACACCACAAAUAUACAAGCACAAUAGAACCAUGGCCUGAUAGAAUUUCUAGCAAAAAUUUGUGUUUCCUAUGUUGUGGAUAUUUCACAUGGAGGCUUCAGAACUCAUGACACCAAUCAUUCACGUUGGAUACAUUGAAAGAAUACUAAUAAAACGUACAACAAGAAGAUUUCAUG